AUACAACCUAUGUAGUGCACUUAAUAUCCGAGAGAGUGUGAUUGAGGAUUAAGCGUCAGUGUGUGGCCAGAGAGGACGCCAGUUUGUUUCGCUUCUGCUGGAGAAGUAAAAGCGGGUUUAUUUCUUUAUUUUUAGGUUUAUCUUCACUCCAGUGCACGUGCAGUGUUUGUGUUUUGCGUUAUGUCAUAUGCCUUGGGCUACAGCUGGACAUGUGGGAGAUUAAAGUGUUUGAAUUGUAACAUCAAGCUGUCAGAUAGUUGCCUAGAGCCAACAAACAAGCAACGCGGAGCUGAUUUUCCUCAUUAAAUAUAGAUUUAUCUGGUGAUGUGGAAAACAGGGAGAUAACAUUUCCACUGUGCAGUCAUGCCGCUAGCCCUGAGUUUAUCUCCGGCCGCCGUGUGUCAGUGCUUCACGCUGGUGUCUCUCUGCACCUCCAUCGCCGACCCAAACUGGAUCCAAGUGCAGAACAAAACAGACACUAACCAGCUCAUUUAUGGAGUGGCUUUUACACUACACGCUGCACAGAACCUCUCCAAUACUGCUCCUUUGGGUGGAAUGCAUGGACUGGGCAUGGAUCUGCUCUACACACUCGCUGCUCUGUGCUACAGCGCUGUUCUGCUCUCCAGCUCCUCCUUCUUAGUGGACUUCCUCGGUAUCAGCUUCACUCGCCCCAGGCUGGUCAUGUCACUUCACAUCUCCACAGCUGUGAUGUGUGUGGCGGUCCUGGCCGUGAGUGGGACGUGUCUCUGGGUGAUCCAGCAUAACGUGCAGAAAGGUAGAGUGAGCUGGGUUUGGAACACGGCCUUGGCUCCACCCAGCGGACUGAGCACCUCGCCUGGAGAAAGCUUUUACAUUGAGAUACUGGCUCUCUGCUUCUCCUUAAUGGCUGCCGUCUUCAGCUGUCUCUGUUCUCCUGAGUCCAUCGUUCCCCCGCAGUUCAACUCGGGGGAGCCUGAGGACAGAGAGAGGGAGUGUCUCAUCAGUGGGCCGGGACCUGACGGAGACGAGUGGAGCGACUGAGUAGAUUUAACAUAUCAGACCGUGUGCUUUUAUAUUGGAUAAGAACACUGUGCAAUGCUAACUACUGAAUAUGUUCAGUAGUUACUUGGCAGUUUACUAAAAUAUGUGCACUGUGUUAUGUUUUUAAUUAUUAUUAUAGUUAUUAUUGUUUUUAACAAAGAAUUACCAGAAUUUUUUUUAUGCACUUUAAUGAGGCCGCCUUAUUACUACUAAACUAGAAAAAUCUAAAUGGACCAAAGAAAUAACCAAACCAUACAGUAAGACCUCUGACUUUAAUCUGUUUUUGCAGUAAUUCUCAUGCAGGAACGUGUUGGGCUUAAGCAUAAGCAAUAAACCAUGACGGGUGUGCUGUUAUAGGAAAAUAAUCAAUGAUGCAAAGUUACUGUUAACCCCACAGAGUUGAUCUUAUUUUUAGUUUUUCUAAAACAGCUUGUCCUGAAGUGUUUUAUUCCACUUAUACCACUGCAGUUACAAUUAUACAUCAUACUUUUUAUCCAUUUGUAGUUAUAUUUAAUGCUUUGGAACUGAACAGUCUCUAAAACAAAUUAAUUCCUCUUAUCACUUACAUCAUAAACAGCUAUAAACAGUCCUUCCCCCACUAGCCACCCCCCAGGUAAUAAGACAAAAACGCAACUUGUCAUGUUACUGAUAAACCACAAAGCGUAAAGUCCCCUGUGCUACAGACUCUCGAGAGCAGAGAACCUAAAGCAACACUUUACAUUUGACCUUUUAUAAAGCGCUGACACUUUCAUUACUGUUAAAUAAAAUUCAUCUUAAAAAACUAUUCACCUGUGAAUUAAUUACUAUAGAAACCAUAACAUGUUGGGCCGAGUACAUUAAUCUAAACCUGUGAUUUGCAGCUGCACUACUGUCGGAGCUGCUGUUAUAGAAAAUUAAUCAACUACUUUUGAUCAGUCAGAAUUGAGAAUUCAACAGCUCUGGUGUAUAAUUAUUAAUGAGUAGAUCUUUCGAAGGGAGUUGAUCUCAUGGACUUAACAAAAACUACUAAAACAUCUUCUCAGAGACCAAAGAGCAUGGUACAACCUUCUAAGCCAUUAUUCUGUCUGAAAGCAUCAGGAAUCUCAGUGCCUUAAACGCAGACUGCUGAUCAGAAUUUCGACAAGAGGACUGAAAAAAUUUUAUGUUGUAAGUAGCAUCAAGGUGGGGAAAUGUUUUCUGAACAUUGCAGUCAUAGGAGAAAUUUGUUGAUAGAUUCAAUCUGGGUGUUGUGAGAACAUUUAUAUGUAACAUUUAGAAACAUUUCAAUGCAACUGCAAAACUUAGUUGUAGGAACAUUAACUUAAAAAUAAAUAUUUCUGUAGUGUUGUGUGCA